CAUACAACAAUGAAAGCUGCUUGUGAACGGAUUAAGUUAUGAUGUAAUACAUUUGAUGAUUUAAACGUGAACAGAAAUGUCAAUAAAAACAGUGGAACAAUCCAGCAACAGACUAAUAAACACUGUGUGCUGGUGAAUGUUAAAUGAAUAUAAUAUGAGAUUGAUCCAGUGACAAUGACGAUGUAAGAAAACUGAGCCGAGUGUUGAAACUCCUCCUCCUCUGUGUCUUUAUAAGCCUCAGUCUCUCUUGUCACCACACUCCAGCACCCUGCUCACCUCUCUUCCUGACAGUCAGACUCUCUUACACCACACACUGACAACAUGCUGGGGACCCUCUGCACUCUCAUCACUGCUCUAACAUAUGUUGAUGCAGCGAUCGUGCUGACCCAGACGCCUGCUGUCCACACAGUUUCUGCAGGACAAGAGGUUGUUCUCAGCUGCAACAUUCAGAGAUAUGAUGGCAAUUAUGUGAGCUGGUAUAAACAGGUUCCUGGUGGGGUUCCUCAGUAUGUUCUGAGGUUUUACCACGGCAGCAGUUCCCUAGACUUUGCAACAGGAUUCUCUUCAGAACGAUUUCACUCUAAAUCCUCAUCAAACAUAGAUUACCAGUUCAUUAUAAAGCGAGCAGAGGCAGGAGAUUCUGCUCAGUAUUUCUGUAGCACAGGGGAUGACUCUGCUUCUGAAGCUGUAUUCGGACAAGGCACCAAGCUGAUUGUGGCGGACUCCAGUCUCCCUCCUCCUGUCCUGACUGUCUUCCCUCCGUCCAGCGCUGAGCUCAAGACCAACAAAGCCACUCUGGUCUGUCUGUCCAGUCAGUCUGUGCCUUUUGCAGAUGUGACCUGGUUGCUUGGCGGGAGUUCAGUGAGCAGUGGAGUCUUCACCAGCGUUGCUGCUCACCAACCGGACCAGACUUUCCAAAUCAGCAGCCAUCUGAGCGUCCAGACGUCAGACUGGAACCAGGAUAAGCUUUACACGUGUAAAGUGUCGCUGGGCUCCCAGACGUCAGAGAAAACCAUCCACAAGUCGGUCUGUCCCACUGGAGAAUAACAGAGGAGCAGAGUGACCAUUUAAAACCUGCUUCUUCUUCUGUUUGCUCAUCAAUAUGUCGAAAAGUUUGCCUGCUUGUAAUACGUGCUGUGAAAGUUACGUAGAGCUGUUGUGUCAGUGUUGCAUUCAAUAAAAAAUUUUCAGUGAAGGCACUGUGUCCCAAA